AUUAAGAUAGCAACAUUCACCAACAUCUUUGACUAACUUUUUGAAGGGAGAAAUUUUUUUAUUUUGGAUGAGCAAAAAAUAAGUAGGAGAAAAAGAAAAAUAUGUAGUGCAACUCCAGCAAGAUAGUAGUAUAAAUACCGUUCAUCACAUGGUUAGAGAACACAAAGAAAACCAACCAAUCUUUAUUUGCAAUCCUCAUUGAUUGAUUGUUUUUGUUGCUUCAUUAACUGUGAGUGUUAUAUUCACCCAUUCUGAAAAUGAUCAUCGGAGAACAUUUGUACCUGUUGGUUGCUGUGGUUACUCUAAUAUUAUGCGUGGAAAUGAAAGCAGCUCUUGGAUCAUUCACUACUUCAGGAGCUGGAGAUGAUGCUAAAGUGAGGUGUAUAGAGAGGGAGAGACAUGCUCUCCUUCAGUUUAAAGAGGGUAUCAGUUAUGAUUACGGCCUUCUCUCUUCUUGGGGGAGCACAAAAGAGAUGAAAGACUGCUGCAAAUGGAGAGGAGUCCAAUGUAACAACAUUACUGGUCAUGUGGUGACGCUCGAUCUUCGUGCCUCGCUCGGUUGGUACAAUAAUUAUCAGCAUUUGAAAGGUGAGAUUAGUCCUUCUUUGCUUGAAUUGCAGCAUUUAAAGUAUUUGGACCUCAGUUGCAAUGAUUUUGAAGGGAGACACAUCCCAGAGUUCAUUGGUUCCUUUACCAGAUUACGAUACCUCAAUCUCUCAAAUGCUAACGUUGUUGGCAAAGUUCCUAAUCAGAUUGGGAACCUUUCCAAAUUGAGGUCACUUGAUCUUGAUCAGGGCAUUGAAAAUAAUGGAAGUCUGUAUGUGAAAAACCUUGAGUGGCUUUCCCAUCUUUCUUUAUUAAGAUAUCUUGAUCUGAGCCGGGUUGAUCUUAGCAAAGCUAUAGAUUGGAUGGAAGCAAUCAACAAGCUCCCUCUCCUAACAGAAUUUCACUUAAUCGAGUGUAGACUCAGUGUUGUCAUUUCUCCGUCACUUCCGCUGAUAAAUUCUUCUGCGUCUCUUGUUGUCCUUGAUCUCUCUGGCAAUUCUCUGACUUCUUCAAUAUACAGUUGGUUGUUCAACUUCAGUACCACCCAUCUUGAUUUCUCUUCUAAUCAACUUGAAGGUGGGAUUCCAAAAUCCUUUGGAAACUUGAAUAGUUUACGGAUAUUGUAUUUGGGUUACAACGAAUUAACUGGAAAGAUUUCAGAGUUCCUUCAGAUCUUGUCUAGGGUUGCAGAGAAGUCAUUAGAGAUUUUAGAUCUCACCGCGAAUCGAGUUGGUGGUUCAUUGCCUGAUAAUAUCUCAACAUUUUCAUCCUUGAAGGCAUUGUAUCUUGAAGAAAAUCAAUUGAGUGGGCCUUUACCAGGAACUCUGGGACAACUUCGCAAUCUUAUUUCGCUAUACUUGGCUAAUAACCAGUUGAUUGGAACACUACCCAAAUGUAUUGGACAACUUUCCAUGCUCGAAAGUUUGGACGUCGCUGUAAAUUUUUUAGAAGGUCCAAUACCACUAGUUCUUCCCAAUGUCACAUAUUUGGAUUUAUCCAGCAAUAAGUUUUCUGGGUCAAUUUCAUUCUUAUGUUCGACUAUCAAUGAGAACCUCAGGUUUUUUGACCUCUCAGAUAACCAUUUAUCAGGAAAGCUUCCUGACUGUUGGAUGCAUAUGAAAGAAUUAGUUGUCUUUGAUUUGGCAAACAAUAAUUUGUUUGGAAAAAUUCCACAAUCUUUGGGUUUCCUGACUCAGGUUCAGACCUUGCACCUAAGAAAGAACAAUUUCAUUGGGGAAUUGCCUCCUUCUUUGAAGAAUUGCAGAAACUUGUUAGUUAUUGAUGUUGGAGAAAAUAAAUUGUCAGGACACAUACCAGAAUGGAUAGGGACACACCUAACAAGUUUAAUUGUUCUUAGUCUGCGAUUGAAUAAGUUCCAAGGAUACAUACCUCCAAAUAUAUGCCAUCUCAACUCUAUUCAAAUCUUGGACCUCUCCCAAAAUAGUAUAUCUGGGAUUAUACCACACUGCUUCAAUAAUUUUACUACUAUGGUUUCGCGGAAUAAAUUAGAAAAUUUAAUUUUUUAUGAUUUUACAGGUCAUGAUGGUUCCUAUUAUUUUGGUAGGUAUAUAGACAGUGCAUUGGUGCUAUGGAAAGGACAAGAGUAUAAAUACCAAACUACUCUAGGAUUGGUUAGAAGCAUUGAUCUUUCUAGCAAUAGUUUAGUUGGAAAAUUUCCUAAAGAAAUAUCAAGUCUUGCAGAAUUAGUUUCAUUGAACCUAUCAAGAAAUUCUUUGACUGGACAUGUUAUUCAAAAAAUAGGUGAGUUAAAAAUGUUAGAAUCUCUUGACUUAUCUAGAAACCAGCUUUCUGGUGAGAUUCCUACAGACAUCACUCGCUUAAAUUUUCUUGGUGUCUUGGAUUUGUCAAAUAACAACUUGUCUGGAAAAAUUCCAUCAAGCACUCAGCUGCAGAGCUUUUAUACCUCUGCAUAUGCCGGGAAUCAUGAACUUUGUGGGCUUCCACUUCCAAAUAAGUGCCCAGGAGAUGAAACAACUCUUGAUCCUUCGGUUACCAAUCGUGUAAAGACAACAUCAAUCAAGGAGAUGAGGAUGGGGUUAUAAACAGAGAAUUUUAUGUCAGCAUGGGGCUCGGUUUUGGGGUUGGAUUUGGUGGAGUCUUCGGAACUUUACUGCUCAAACGUUCAUGGGAAUAUGUCUUUUUCAAGUUUUUGAUGAAAAUAAAAGAUUGGCUUUAUGUGACAACAAUAGUGAAUAUGGCCAGAUUGAGGAGGUGGUUUUAAAGCUAAUAGUGAAUAUGGCCAGAUUGAGGAGGAAACUUCCAAGCUAACAGUGAAAGCCACUUAAUCCAAGUGAUGAGCUUUUGUUCUGUUUGUCUUGAAGAUAAGUUCCAACCAGACACCCGCUGAAGCUAGCACCUUUUUAUUUCAUGAAGAAUAUAAUUUUGCAAACAUUAUGCAUGUGAUUUGUUAUGGUGGUUAUUGUAAAUUGAGAGAGAAACAUAAUAUAUUUUCAACUAUUAUAUACGAAGACUUCUGCUGGUGUUAUUAUU